UGGAAAUGCAACACAUUUACACUGGGCUGCAGACACCAAGUCAGGAUAUCUACUCUGACAUCCCACCAGGGGUGAAACCGCCUGGAAGACACACAGACCAGGCAAGCGCCAUGGAUUCGCAUGCAACAGUAGCUGAAGAGUUUGUUAUCGUUACUCACAAGUACCCUCUGAAAAGUGCUGGCCAGGCUGUGCCAGGAACAGUGGCAAGCCAGCUGCCCGGGCCGCUGCAGACAUUUCUACGAGGACAACCCAAAGCUUUGGGGGUCGUGCAAAUACUAAUUGGGAUUGUGAGUCUGCUGUUUGGUCUAGUCCUGGUGAGUGCGUACACGUUUGCAGGAAUCAUUGGAUUACCUUUCUGGACUGGUGUAUGGUAUAUUAUCUCUGGAUCCCUGGCUGUUGCAGCUGAGAAUACCCGCAGAAGAGAUCUGGUGAAGGCAUGUUUGGGAAUGAACGUUGUCAGUUCUAUUUUUGCUGGAGUUGGAUUUAUUCUCUAUUCAAUAAGGGUUUCAUUAGUAUCUUUCCACAUACUAACCAUACAUGUAGGCAUUCUGGCAGUUCUUCUGGUGCUGAACAUUUUGGAGCUGUGCAUCGCUAUCGCUACAUCAGCCUUUGGAUGCAAAUCUGAAUGCCGUUACACUGCCAUGCCAGAGGUUGUUUUUCAACAGGUAUGAAUACAGUGACCUGGGUGCAGAUUUGUUCAAUCGAACUAUAAGAAGCAUGCAGUCAAGAAGACAACUGUCCCUCCGCCUCCUCUAGCAAAGCUUAGCCAGCGCUAAAGACUUAAUAUCUGCAAGGUUUUAUCAUCAGAACAAGUUAUAAAGAACAAUGAAAUCCUCCCAUGUUUAAACUGUUGGGGAAUUGGUAUUGAUAUGAAAAUGGAAAUGUGUUAAUUUGCUUUGGAUCGUUUGUUUGUUUUGCUUAGAAUUUCAGUAAGAUCAUUUGUAUUUUAAUUAUAAGUUAAAAGUUGAAAUGUCUCACAUCUUCAGUAAUGAUAUUGUGUUUAUAUUUUAAUAUGUUUUCAGUAAAAAUAAUGAUAAAGAAACAUGGUAGGCAAAUGGUGUACAGAAGUGAGACGUUGAGAUAUGUGUUGGUAUGGAUGAUAUGUUGCUUUGCUUAAUAAAAAAAUUAAAAAAAAACGUUCUU